UAUACAUUGUAAAAACUUAGAUGACUUUAAGCUGAAGAAAGUAGUUCGGCAAUGAAAUAUUUCAGUACUUCCCAUUUGGUACACGUUUUACGGUACAUCAUGGCAGCCUCCUUACACUCGUGUUAGCUAGAAUGUUCUGGCGCAUUCGUAAUUCUGUAUUUAUAGGGAAGUCAUCUUGUCUCAAAAAGACCCUGUGUGUACAUCCUACAAAAGGACGUUUGUAAAGCUCCAUAAUGGCAGAAGACAAACCGCCCAAAAGGUAUCCCCAGAACCUACAGGGGGUUUUGCAGCUGGCAGUGGAUGCUGGUUCAGGUGCAGAAGGACCUGCUCCUAUGGAGCCCAUGUCAGAGGAGAGGAAAAUGUGGCUGAAAGAUGCGCUCGCAGAAGUCUGCAAAGGACAGAUGGAUGAAGUGGAGCAGAUGAAGAAGUGCUUGGAAGUCUUACAACACGAGCGAGAUAUUGAAAAGGAGAGAGGAGAGGAGGAACGGGGCGAAGAAGAUGAAGAUGAGCGGGAAUCAAUCUUUGAUAUGCUGUCAGAGUUGUGUGAGAACAUGGACAAUGCUCGAGACCUAAUGACUCUUGGAGGACUGGAUUUGAGUGUCUCCCAGUAUCUGUGUCAUUCCCGAAGUGGGCUGAGAUGGCGCGCUGCCCAUCUCAUCGCUUCCUGUGCCCAGAACAUGCCGCAGGUGCAGGUCCACUUAUUCAGCCUGGGGACGCUGCCAAAGCUGCUCCAGCUGACGGACUCAGACCCCCACCCCACCGUCAGAGUGAAAGCCCUUUAUGCUGUGUCAUGUCUGGUUCGAGAGCAGGAGGCAGGACUCAAGGAGUUCUUUUCCAACGAUGGUUACUCUGUCCUGAUGCGAGGGAUGCAGUCGGACAACGAGAAGCUCAGGACCAAGUCGGCAUUUCUUCUUCUCAACCUGCUGAUGGCUCAACCCGAACAGAAAGAAACAGUGAUCUCCAUGGGAAUGGUUCAGCAGCUGGUAUCUGUUCUCCGCACACCUCACUCACCUGUCCAUGAACAUGUGCUCGGCGCCCUCUGCUGUCUGGUGGAAGAGUGUCCACAGGGCCUCAAAGACUGCAGGACUCCUGCUCUGGCUCUGGAGGAGUUACUCAGACAGCGAUCCAAAGAGCUCAAAGGAAAUGAAGAGAGUGAGGAAGAACUCGAGUUCUGUGAGCGUUUGAGGGCCAUGUGUUUCCACGGGCAGCAGGGAGAUGACAACGGGAUGGAUCGCUGAAGUCAAAAUUACCUCACAUGUUUUUGAUAUCAGUGUCCAAAGAUGUAACCGAACACUCAUGAUCGUGGCUUGUGGAUGUUCAGUAACAUCUUUGUCUUUUACCACAGAUGCUGUCUAUAUUUUUGCAUGUCACACAAAAGCUGGAUUUCACUGUGUAAAUAGGUGUAAUGUAUAGAAAUACUUUUUCCCGAGUCAACUGUUAUUUUAGUCCAGUGUUUUCAGUUCUACAUUUCCUAAUUGUAAUACCUAAGAAAAUGUCAGUCUCCAUCCCAUGUAAUAGGAAGUAUUUUAUGUUUGCUGUGUUAAUAUGUACAUCCCAAUGUGAGUUUAGUAACAUUUAAUUGUUGUAAGUUAGGUUUGUUUGAAGUAUCAACGUUAAAGUAGUCAUUUCCCUGUAGUUGAUUGUCUCUUAAAACCUGACUCAGAAUAAUGAACAUCAUUGUCAAUUUUGGUCCACUGUAUUUAUUUUUUAUUUACAAAAGUAAUUUGUGUAUUUAUACAUAUAAUGGUCAGCUCACAUUUGCCACCACAGGCACAACUUACACGUGGAUGUCACACAAAACUCAAAUAUUUUGGCACAAAGAAGAGAAUACAGAUAUUAUUCUAAACUGA